CAUAUAUUACAACAUAAUAUAAAAAUCGGUUCUGAAAAAAACUGUUGUCUUAGAGAGAAAGACCGUAUAGUGUUGCAGAGAUCCAACCAACAAACACACUUCCUUUCAAUGGAGAAAUCCUCCUCCUCCUCCACCUCCGCCUUUUCGCUAUUAGCAUUGUUAGUAAUAUCUCUUCGCGUUAUAACAACAUGCUUAGCCAUGAAUAUAAGCACAGAUCAAUCUUCUCUUCUAGCGUUAAAAGCGCGCAUCACUUCAGAUCCUAAUCACAUUCUUUCAACAAAUUGGUCUUCUUCAACCACAGUUUGUAAAUGGAUUGGAAUCACUUGUGGCUCUCGUCAUCAACGAGUUACUGUACUGAAUAUUUCAGGUUUAGGGUUUAAUGGUACUAUCCCUCCACAACUUGGAAAUCUCUCUUUUCUUGUUUCACUUGAUCUAAGCCACAACGAUUUCCAUGGCGAACUUCCACCAGAAAUUUCUCAUUUACCAAGAUUGAGAGCCAUUGAUCUUAGUAACAACUACUUAACUGGUCAAAUUCCUUCGUUUUCGGGUGAUAUUCGAAUGUUGUCUCUUGAAAUGAAUAGUUUCAGUGGGUUCAUUCCUUCUUCUAUCUCAAGAAUGAAGAAUCUUGGAUUCUUGAAAUUAGGUUACAACAAUUUGGAAGGAAAUAUUCCUAGAGGAAUAGCUACUGAUCUUCACAGUUUGAAAUUGUUGAGCUUUGGAUUCAAUAAACUCAAUGGCUCUAAUGUGCUAUCUAUGUUCAACAUCUCAUUACUAGAAGAUUUGGAUCUUGAAAAAUCUGGUUUAACUGGUAAUCUUCCAUCUGAUUUGUGUCGUCGCCUUCCCAGAUUGCGAAAGCUUGAACUUAACUUUAAUAAGUUAAGAGGACAGAUACCAAGAACCAUUUCUGAAUGCUCACAACUUCAAGUCCUAUCUUUGAUGGAAAAUAACUUAGAUGGAAUAAUUCCAAGAGAACUAGGUAACUUACAGCUGUUGCAAGAUUUAACUCUUGGAAAUAAUACGUUAGAAGGCACAAUUCCAUACGAGAUUGGUCAUCUUUAUAACUUGAAGCUGUUAGUCAUGGAAAAAAAUAAAUUAAAGGGCUCGAUCCCUUUAACCAUAUUCAACAUUUCAUCACUUGAAUUUUUAUUUAUGAGUGGUAACAUGCUUGAAGGACCUUUACCAAGAGACGUUGGAAAUUUGACUAUGCUUACCACACUUGAUCUUGGAAAUAAUUUCCUAACAGGUGUAAUUCCAGAUGAACUUGGUAACCUUCAAGAGUUGGUGGACCUUUCAUUGUAUUUGAAUAACUUUAGUGGUUCUAUCCCUAUUGGUAUCUUCAAUAUCUCUACUCUUGUAUCUAUUUCACUAUCAGAUAACCACUUUUCAGGUCAUCUUCCUUCCACUAUAGGCCAUGGUUUACCUAAUAUUGAAGGAAUAUUUCUAGGUGAAAACAAUAUUAAUGGUAUAUUACCAAGUUCCAUCUCAAAUUUGUCUAAGCUUACAGUUCUUGAACUAGGUGGAAAUGAACUUACAGGUUCUAUUCCUAAAUCUCUAGUAAACUUAAGACUUCUUGAAGUUCUCCACUUACAAAGCAACUCCUUUAUUGGUGAAACUUCAACACUGAGCUUUAUUACUCCUUUGAUAAACUUAGUAGAUUUGAGGUUAUCUUUCAAUCCCCUAAAUGCAGUGCUUCCAAAGUCUAUUGGCAAUCUUUCUCUUCAGUGGUUUUCGGCGAUAGGUUGUAACCUCAAGGGCCAUAUUCCAAAUGAAAUUGGAAAUUUGAUAAAUUUAUCUUCUUUGGAGCUAGAAGACAAUGACUUUACUGGCAUUGUCCCGACGACGAUAAGUUCUUUGACAAACCUUCAACAACUUUCACUUGGUGUAAAUAGAAUAAGUGGUCCUUUUCCAAAUGGUUUGUGUGAGCUAUCUAGCUUGUUUUUUCUAAAACUUUCACAAAAUCAAAUGAGGGGAAGUAUUCCUACAUGUUUAGGGGAUUUGACUUCCCUAAGGGAGGUUUAUCUUGAUUCAAAUAACUUCACUGCUAACAUACCUUUAAGUCUAUGGAAUCUCAAAGACAUCUUGAAGUUGAACUUGUCCUCUAAUUUCUUCAAUGGCUCUCUACCACCACAAUUUGGAAAUCUCAAGGCUGCAAUACUUCUAGAUCUUUCUUGGAAUCAAUUAUCUGAAUUGAAGGAUCAAUACCUGAAACAUUUAGGAAACUCGUAA